AUGAAACGGUCCUCAGUAUGCGUUCUAGUGCUACUGUUUGAGUUAGUCAAGGGGGGCUGUAACCCCCUCAUCCCAGGCAGCCUACCUGCUUGCCAGGUAACAGAAGGAGCGAUCCUCCGUCGCAUUCGGGAGUUCUUCAAACCGAAACUGAAAAUGGAGGACUCGUCUGAUGAAUCCUUCUCCGAGCGGGAUGAGGACGACAAUGCAGAUGAGGUAUCACGCAGCAACCACAACUAUGGUAGGACGACUAGCACUACGACGACAACUACGACGACAACAACGACGACAACUACGACGACAACUACGACGAAAGACCCGGGGGUAUGGGAAGAAGAAGAAGACUCCAUGUCAGUUCCAUAUACGCCUCUGCCGCCUCUUCGGGGUAUGGGGACAUUGGGACUGGCGAUAUUCUUUAGUCUUGUUUUCAGUUUGAAAAAAAUCCCGUUAGCCGUGGGGGGGUUGGGUGUGUUGCAGUAUAUUGACUCCGUGUUUGAACGAAUGCAGGCGAGAGCAGCUAUGCAGGAUGCUUACAAGCGCUUCGAGUCUCGGCGUCAGAUUGUGCGUGCUAGACGCAGGCGACGGUGGAUACAGACUUUCUACUCCUUGCGAGCUCAGGAGCAAGACCGCCUGCAAAACCAACAAGUGGAUGAGAAGGCAGACCCAGCAACCGCGCCGGCGAGUGCCUCCACACAGGCUGGAGACGAAACAGUGCCAGCAACAGACGGUACGCCAUCGCCCGCCACGAAUCCGGAACCGGCCGUAACAAGAGGGGAAGUGGACGUAGAGAGCGCAGCAGUUUCUUCACGACUGCCUCAAAUGGCCAAGCAAGGUAGAGACCAACUUGCCGACGUUCCUCAGGCUGCGAAGGCCGAAAAACAGCUACACCGAAGCGGAUCCGAUACCGUCAGGGCCCCUGUUCCCGAAGCCGGAGACGCUUCAAUGCCAGCCAGCCCGCCUCGCGAACCUCGACGAGAAAAGAAGAAUCUUCAACAAACUCGUCGUUAA